UUUGAAAAUUACAACAGGUAAUUAAAGUACGAUGUACCUGGCCGUUUUAUCGAGGUACACAUGAUAAAACGGCCAGGUACAUCGCACUUUAAUAUCAGUACACCUUAGUGAGGUCUACGAGUUAUUAAAGCAGGAAGGAACAGGUAGCUUCAACGAAGGUAGAGAAGAGCUUCGUCGUAAAGCAAAAGAAAACAUAUUGAAAAUUCUAUAUGAAAAAUGCUCAAUAUUACAAUAGAAACCGGAAACCAAGCCCCAAAUAUAAUAUAGGAGAAUUAAUUGCAAUUAAACGCACUCAAUUUGGUAGCAGGAUGAAAUUGAAAUCUAAGUUUCUGGGACCUUAUAGGAUCAUAAAAGUUAACAGAAAUUAUAGAUAUGACGUAGAGGAAGAAAGCAAUGAUAAAGAAUGCCCUUAUAAAACAGACUCCAGCCGACCUCAUGAAAAAAUGGCCAAAUUAAAAUUAAUAGGUGUGUCUGUUUGUUCUUUUUAUUUAACUUUUUUUAUGUUUCAGGUGCUGUAUAAAAUGAUGGAUGUGUGUGUAAAAGUGAGAGUAUGAUCAGACGUUAGUUAAAUUCCAAUUAUUGUAAGUCAUAUUUAUGAGUUAUUGUAGGCAUGACUUUAUGACAGCCAUGAUUUCAGGACGGCCGAGUGUGUGACGUCAAUGCAUGAUGAUGGGUGUGAAGUUGGAAAUUAAUUAUACGAAGUGUAUCUUUUUCAUAUUCACCAUCGAUUCGCCAGCCUUGCUACAAUUGUUGCGACAGUCUGUGCCCAAGGGCCAUAUAAUGUGCAAUGUAUCAAAUUAUAAUGCUUGAAAAACAUGCCAAUUCCUUAAGAAGAGGAGAACAAUCAAAACAAUAUUUUUAUUGUUAAUGAUCAAGAAAUUAUAUCUUUGUAUGAUCCAUCACAUCUCAUCAAAGGUAUUACUAGUACUACUCGUAGAAACAAUUUAAUAUCAAAAGAUUUAAAAUAGGACAAGAAGACUGCGAAUUUGGUCACAUAUAUUAAAACUUCACAAUGAGAACCCUGGUUACAGAAUAAACCAAUUUCCAUUGUAUUCUUAACAAAAUUCCAAGGCAAGGGUUAAAGGUUAAGGUUGAAAAUGCCACACAAUUUUCGAGUACGAUUUUUGCAACUAGUAUGGGUAUCUUGCAGGUGAGCAUAAACACAAUUUAUAUUACGAAUAUCUAAAUAGUAGAGAAAUAAAGUUGCUAAACUAUAUUCUCAAGUAACAGGGUCGACAAUUUUAAGCUAUCCAAAUAUGCUAUAAAGACUUCACAUGGACCACUUUCUAUAAUUUACACUAAUAAGUUUUAAUUAUUUGUUUUUUUUUCUCAUAUUUAAAGCAAAAUAUUCCAUUUUGAAUUGAUAACUAAUAAAAUAUAGAAAAUUAUAUAAUUUUAUGUAAGUAAAUUUUCUUUUUUAACCUUCAAAAUUAAAUUAUUAUGUAUUUGUUUGGUUUUUAAGUAUAGUAAUAAAUAUUUUAAUUCAAUUCAUUCAUUUGAAUUCUUGGCUAUUUUUAUAUGUUAGUAUUGUGUACUUUAUUGAUUAAAUUAUACGACAGACUUGUUAAUUAAUUAUUUUACUAAUGUAACUUAUUGUAGUGCAGAGCAGUGUUGCCAAAGAUAAUAUAACAUAACAGUAACGUGAAGCUCUAACAUAUAGUUACUUUUUUAAAUAAAGGUAUUUUUUUACCUUCAGAGUGCAAGGAUUCGGCAGACAUCAUAAUGUUUUUUGAUCAGUUGUUUGACUCCGUAAAUAGAAGUUUUGACAAAAAACUAAAUGGGAAGUCACUCUUAGGACCUGUAACCCCCAUUUCCAUACAUCACGAAGUUUGGGAAGAAUCAUUAAGAAUGCUGCGAAAUAUGCAAUAAGUAAGGCCUAAACCAAAGAAAUAAGAAUAUGUGCCAACAUUAAAAAACGGGGUAUAAGUAGAAGGCAUACAAUUAUUAAUUAAGAAAAUUCAUAUCAAAUUUGGAGUGAAUUCAAUAUCAAUAUCACUUGAAUGAAGACCCAAUCGAAAAUUAUUUGGAUCUAUUAGGUGCCCCGUAUGUCGUAAUAUAAAACCAUCGACAUUAUUAAUAAAUAGCCUCUCCAGUGUUCAUGACCCUAGCAUGAGCUAACUGUGAAAGAGAAAAUUGCUAUAUAACUAAAUUUAUUAUCAACGAAUUAGAUUGCAAAGAACAAGAUACUUGUAAAAUCGACAACAUUCCUUACAUAACUGUUACACCUCUUGAAAAAUAUUCUCGAUAAAUUGGGGGGUUACAGUAUGUAUGUGGAUAUUUUGUCAUAAAUGCAAAAAUAUAUAUUUUCACGGUGUGCGAACAUUGUAAUAAAAAACUAAUAAAUGAAGAAGAGGCAGAAUACAUCAAAAAUAGAGAAUAUUCAAAUAAAAAAUGGCUUUGCAGUCCAAGUUUAUUAUUUGUAAUUGCUCUAUUAAAUUGUGUAUCAAAUCUGCAGGAUUUCAAUUACGCAUUAGGGGACCCUGCGGCUGGUUUUAACAGGGGUAAAUACUAACAGCGUAAUUACAUAAAACCUAUUCGACUUACCACGCUAAUUCCAACGCACUUUGUGCCUAUGAAUACGCGCGAAUGUGUCUCGACCUGUCAGUUGCCGACCGAGCGUCACGGGAGCAGGUUGUGUCAAGGGCCCCAUAUACGGUACGAUUUGUCUGUACGAUCCGUCGCUUCAAACCGAUCGAAACGACGAAUCGAUAGUAUAUAUCAAGAUCGUUAACGAUUUACUUCAUCGUAGACGACAUCGGAAUUCGCAACAAAAACCCAUGCAAUCAUGAAUAUCGUAACGAUGAAUCGACAGUGUGUGGCUCUUUACGAUCAACGAUUCGAUUUUGUCUCACUCUGACGCCGGUCGCCGCACGCACCGCACGCCUUGGCUAACGCGUUACGUACUCUCACCUACCUAUACUCGAUAAACGAAACAAACAAAAUGGCUACAUGGAGUAAUGAUGAUUUGAUUGAAUUUAUUGAAUUAUUUAGAGAGCAAGAGCCUUUAUGGAAAACAAAACAUAAAGAUUAUCAUAACAAUGUAAAGAGGACAGCGUGUUAUGAAGUACUUUUGGAAAAAAUGAGAAAAAUUGACAGUACUGCAGAUUUAAAUAAAGUAAAAAAGAAGAUUAAUAACUUAAGAACAGUGUUUCCGAAAGAGUUGAAGAAACAGAUUGACUCUCUGGUGUCCGGAAGCAGUGCCGAUGAGGCUUAUACGCCUAAACUAACUUAUUUUAAUAACUUAAUAUUUUUAAAAGACCAGGAAAUACCGCAUGAGGGAAUGAGUUCUACGAGUUCGGUGAGUACAAGUUUUUUAUUAAAAUUUCAAGUUAAACUAAGCUUUUUCUAUUCUAUAUAUAAUUUUUCCGCCACGGAACUGCACCGAUUCCAUUAAAAUAGUCUACGAAUAUGUUUCUACUAUCAGUUGCAGACUGAAAACCGGAUCCUCUUCUUCUCUCGAGACCAAACAAGUUACUUUGUAGACCUUCUUGAAUCUCUCCAUUUUCAUAGGUUUCUCUAUCAAAGCAAUUUUGCGGUGAGUAGGUAUCUGGAUUUUCACGGCGUAAAAAGUUGUGUAGAGCACAACAAGCCAUUACUACUGGAGCAAUAUUAUCCAAGUCCAAGUUGAUUUCAUUACUCAGUAUUCCAAACCGUGCAACUAAAAUUCCGAAUACAUUUUCAAUUAUCCGUCUUGCUCGGGAUAAACGGUAAUUAAAAAUUCUUCUUGUUUCAUUGAGCUGUGACUUAUUAAAUGGUUUUAAAAAAUCGUUCCUAAAAGCAAAAGCUUCGUCUCCAAUAAAUACAUAAGGAAGCGUUAUUCCAUUCACCGAACCUGUUUGUUUCAAACAAAUAAAUGAUCGAUCGUUACGACCAAUCGUUUCGUGUAUGAGCGUCAUUUUUUAUGCGAUCAAUCGUCACGAUUUUCAUCAGAUCGGUCGUACAGACGAAUCGUACCGUAUAUGGGGCCCUUCAGACGCCUCUAAUUUUACAGGGAUACAACAGGUGUGCUGCAAUGGCAGGUCACAUAGGUGGUGUUCAGAAAAUUAUUAAUGAUAAAUAUCCUUCAGCUCUAUUUUUCCACUGUGCAAGCCAUAUACUAAAUCUUGUCAUUAAUGAUCAGAAUACUGUCACAAUAGUAGAAGAUAUACAGAAUUUUUAUGGAUGUUUUCUACAUAAUUUUGUUGCUGAAGCUACCACAUGGUACGAGAUGAUAAGGAUAAAUGAAGCUAAUGACGUGGGCUUAAAUGAAUCUGUUGUUGAAUGCGCAGAUGAAAUUGCGCAAGCCACUCCGUUUUACCCAGCAGUACGUGAGGCAAUCAAAAUUGGUUUAACUGUUCCAUCAACAACAUGUAGUAAGUUUUUGGAAUGCUAUGAAAUGCAUCCAUGCUUAUGGAACCCAAGAGAACAAGAUUACAGGAACAAUAAUGUACGUUUAGCGGCUCUUAAAUCUAUUAUUCAAGAAAUGCGUUUGUCCAUAACAGUUGAAGAGCUUAAAUUGAAGAUAAAAAAUAUACGAACCACCGACGUGUCUUCAUAUUUUGAUGAAUUGGAACAAGAAGAUAAUAUUGCGCCCUUACAAAAGAAAAAAAAAUUGUCUCCAAAGAAAAAGGCGGAGCGUGCUCUAAUGUACGCACCUAAAAUGGACCCACCUGUUUUACAAGAAGUUAAUAGAUUAGAAACUUUGGCUCAAACUAUCCGUCAAGAUGAAUUUGAUACAUUCGGAGUACAUGUGGCAAGCCAAUUACGUAGUUUGCCAUUAAGAAAUGCUAUUGUUUGUCAAAAUUUCAUCAAUAAUUAUUUGUCACAAGAAAGACUGAAAACCUUAAAUACACAACAUUUUCCAAUUGCUAGACCUACGAGUUCACUCUCAGAGUAUACACGCUAUACUUCGACUCCAGAAGCCGAAGCUACUACUUCCCGAAACCAAGCUUUUCAAAACCAGCGUGAAACUUCGACUCCCGAAGCUUCCACUUCUAGAAGGCACCUCGAUUAUGAAGAAGACUAUUUUGCCAGCUGUUUACUUACACAAGAAAAUACUGGGCAACAAUACGGAGUGAACGACGAUAUUCUAUCUCAAGCUGUUAGGUCAUGCUUAGAUGAAAACACAAUGGAAAAUUUAUAAAUAAAUCGUUUAUAAUUAAUUACUAGUUUCACUUACCAUAAUGAACUCCUGUAAAACAUUGUAUAUAGCAUCCAAAACAUCCUUCAAAAACAAGGAAAUUGUGCAUUCUGGAACUCUAAAUGACUCUGCAAGACUUGAAUAGUUAUCACCGGUGGCCAAGAACUUCAGAGUUAUUUGUAAUUUAAUUUUCGGAGAAAGUGCUACUCGCAUAUUGGUAUCGCAUUUUUGUAUAAGCGGAGUAACCUUAUGUAGUAAAGUAUUAAACUGAUCAGUAGUCAUUCUUAAUCGUUUUUUAAAAUAAUCAGGAUCUUCUAAACUCCACUCAACCAAUAAAGUAUCCGAAGCACCCAAGUCCUUACGUCGAGAAAUCCAUCCACGUACCCAAACAUUACGUUUUCUUCUUUCCUUUUGUUUUUUCUUCACUCUUUGUUCUUUAAGCAAUUGUUGAAUAAUUGAAUAAUUAAUUAUUUCAAUUCCGGCACAAAUGGCUAUUCUGCUCAACAUUUUCGAUGGAAAUGA